AGCGAAUGAGGUUUCUCCACGAAUCAUGUACUACUGCAUGCUGGAACAUGCACGAGUGAGCUGUGGGCGUGCUCGUGCAGAUAUUGUCCUGGCGCCCAGCACGAUGGCGUCUUUCCCAAUGUGGUGAUGGUCAUCGAACAUCCCAAUACUUUUUCGAAAGCACAUGCGACACCAGUGGGCUUGAGCUGUCCCAUGGCAUGCAAGCUAAUGUGCCAUGCAACGGAUGCCGCAAGCGAGUGCCCCCAUCCACUGAUCGCGUUAUCAUCCAAUGGCUGUACGAGCGUAGGUCAAGCUCUGAUGAUAGCGAUGAUGCAGCGUGCAGAGAUCGGCAUGCGAAGUUGCUCGUAUUGGAAUGUGAAGCUCGAGGAAUGCUAUUUUGCCUCGAUAUUGUCUUGACCCAGCUUGAUCUCCAGCUUUCAUUUCUCUUCCUUGCUACCUCCUCGAUUACAGGAUUUUCAUCAUGGCUGGCGGCUCUUUGAAAUCCAUUAUUGGCAGCAUCAGGCGAAAGCCGAGCACUGCUCCAGACCGUCGAUCUGAUGCUGAAGCUUCAGCAAAGGUCGAAAAGACCGGAGUGGUCCAUGAUAUCCUCCACGGAGGUCUCAAGAACGCAAAAUUCUUAGCAGAGGCUCUGCCUGCGCUCGCGUCAGGAGCUCCUCUCGACGACAAAGAGCUCCUUCUUGAAAAUGGUGUUGCCAUGCUACAGAAGCUCCCUCCCAACAGUGGACUGUCCUCUAUGGUCUCAGAUGGUUUCAUCAAGAUGCUGUACGGCGAUCUGCCUCAUCCUUCGACCACGAUAGCAGGUCCCACAGCUGUCUACCGCAGACAUGACGGUGGAGGCAACAACCCUUGGUUGCCAGAAAUGGGCAAGGCUGGAUCUCCAUACAGCAGGAAUGUUCCUCCGCUCAAGGCGAAAGGACCAAAUUUGCCAGACCCAGAGCUCGUCUACGAGCAGCUUCUCAGACGACCCGACAAUGAAUUCCGAAAGCACCCCUCCGGCUUGAACCGACUUUUCUUCUCUUUCGCAACAAUUGUCAUUCACGAGUGUUUCCAAACCAACCGACAGAACCAAUGGAUCAACGAGACCUCGCACUACGUCGACCUCAGUACUCUGUACGGUAACACCGAGAAGGAGCAAGUUCGCGUCCGUACCUACAACAAUGGUACCAUUUACCCUGACUCGAUCGCUUCCGAGCGUAUCUUGCUCAUGCCUCCUGGUGUGGUCGCAUUGGCGGUACUACUUUCGAGAAAUCACAAUGCAAUUGUCGCGAACCUCCUGUCCAUCAACGAGAAGGGCAAGUACAAGGACUGGGACAGCUUAGAUGAGGAAGGCAAGAAAUGGCAAGACAACGAUCUCUUCCAAUUGGGACGCAACAUCAACGUAGGAUUCUUCGCCACCGUUGUUCUCAAGGACUACGUCGCUGCCAUUCUCAACACCCCUCGCGCUGACUCCGUUUGGUCAUUGGACCUCGGAAAGGAGAUCAAGAGCGGUGGUACACGUGUGGAGAGAGGCACCGGAAACGUUGUCUCGGUCGAGUUUGCCGUUCUUUACCACUGGCACGCCGCGUUGAGCCAUGCCGACGCCGAAUGGAUGGAGGAGCUGCUCCGAGAGAACCUGCCCGAGCUGGGAUCCAUCCACGACAUGACACCCGCCUUGUUCAAGAAGGUUUUGAUGCAAGAGGGCCACAAGCUCAUGAAGACCCAACCUCGCGAAUGGACGUUUGGUGGACUCAAGCGUGACGAGAAUGGACGCUUCGAUGAUGUCCAACUUGCUGAGUUGAUCAAGGACUGUAUCGAAGAGCCCGCUCACGCCUUCGGUGCGCACGGUACUCCUGCCAGCUUGAAGGUUGUGGACAUCAUGGGACAACUCCAAGCACGUGAGAUCUUCAAUGUCUGCACGUUGAACGAAUUCCGUUCGUACUUGAACUUGAAGCCCUACGACUCGUUCGAAGCCUGGUGUGAGGACAAGGACACUGCUCGCGCCGCCGAGCUUCUCUACAGCCACAUCGACAACUUGGAAUUGUACCCAGGAUUGAUGGCCGAGUGCACCAAGCCUCCGGUCGCUGGUAGUGGUGUCUGCCCUGGUCAGACUACCGGUCGUGGUAUCCUCGACGAUGCCGUGGCUCUCGUCCGCGGUGACCGUUUCCUUAGCUACGACUUCAAUAGCAACACCCUCACCAACUGGGGUGCAUCUAAGCUCGCCGACAUUCCCGGCGGUGCAUACGGUGGUAUGCUCCCCAAGCUGAUCUUCGGCGGUCUGCCCACCAACUUCACCGGUACCUCGGCAUAUGCUCUGCUUCCCUUCUACACGCCUGAAGCUGUGUCGGAGAUCCUCAAGGGCAACAAGGUUGUCAACAAGUAUGACCUGAGACGUCCGGCUCUUGAGAACCAGCCCGCUGUUGUGUACACCUUUGAUGCCUGCAAGAAGGUUCUCCUCGACCGCGACAACUUCCGCACUCUCACCAACGAGCCGAGACACGUGGCUCCGCUUUUCUUCGACGAAGGAUUCGAAGCCUCGGUGCGAUCCUACAUCGCCGCAGAGACCGCCGAGUCCAUUCGGACUUGCUCCCUCAAGUACGGCGGUACCCGUCGCUCGAUCGAUGUCGUCCGCGAUGUCACCAACAUCGUCCCCGUCACGUGGCUCGCACGCCGUCUGGCGCUCCCCAUCAAGUCGGUCAAGACACCCCGAGGUCUUUUGACCCUGCCCGAGCUGUUCGAGGCAUACACUGCCAUCUUCGAAUACCAGUCCUUCAACAUCUUGCCGAUCAACGAGUGGGGCCUCCGCGAGGGUUACGAGAAGGGCGCGCCAAUCCUCAAGCAGAUCAUCGAAGCCCACCUCAGCACCCAGCAGGGCAUCAAGGAGAAGUUCGUCGACUGGGUGGAGAAGGGCACCGCCUAUGAAGUCCACGCCGAAGCCGACAAGCUCUACCACGCCCUCAACGCGACCAAGCGCAGCCCGACCGAGCUGUCCGACGACCUCAUCCGCCUGACCGCCCCCAUGGCCGGCGUCCUCACCCAACAGGCCUCACUGCUGGUCGACCUCUUCCUCAGCGAGGGCUACGAGUCAUACAAGGCCCGCAUCGUCGCGCUCGCCCAGCGCCCCGACUCCGACGCCGCCGCCACCGCCGAGCUCGAGAACUUCGUCUACGAGGGCAUGCGGCACGCCGGGGUCGUGCCGGCGCUGCCCCGCGUGGCCUCCCAGGACACCGUCAUCCCGGACGGCGCGCGCGGCGACAUCGCGAUCAAAGCCAACCAGACCGUGCUCGUGGCGACCGCGGUCGCCGCCAUGGACGCCAGCGCCUUCCCGGACCCGGAGAAGAUCACCGUGGGCGGCGGCGGGGCGGCGCUGGCGGGGACGGCCGCCAAGGCCAACUACGACCUCAUCGUGGGCCCGCACCUCACGCCCGUGCUGGCGCCCGCGAUCGCCGCCAUGCUCAAGGAGAUCUUCAAGCUGCCCAACGUCCGCCGCGCGGCGGGCCGGCGCGGCCACUUCACCACCGUGGACAACGAGGUCGCGGGGCUCAAGACCCGGAAGUACCUGGACGGCAGCGCGCGGGAGUCGGUCUUCCCGACCUCGCUGCUGCUCGAGUACGACGAGGGCGCCGUGUCCGCCCCCGCUGCUGCCAACGGUGUCGCCGCCAACGGUGUCGUGACCAAUGGCCACGCGGCGACGAAUGGAACCACGAAUGGAGCUGCUGCUGGACGAUAUGGUGCUCCCGCCGGCACCGGAACUGUCGACGCAGGCGUCGCGAACGGAACCCAGUUCACCGAUGCUCCCGAGCAACAGACAUGAGGGGGAUUCCGCCGAGGGAUAGCGCCUCAACGGCGAGAAAAGCACCGGGACGAUUGACGGCUGUGAUGAUGAUGAUGGCGAUGAGGGCAUGAACCGCUUGUGACAAAUGUGUUGUCUGUUGGAUAUUCCCCGUCUUUGUUAGUUUUCGGAUACUCCGAUUUGUUGAUUCCCCAAUGUGUGAGAGAGAGAAAAUGGAAGCCAGAAUUUGCAUUGCCCUUCAUCCUCAUGCUUUUCGAUCCGUGGACAGAAAGCCAACGACCCGCCCUCGUGGCUCGUUCGGACAUCAGUGCCAUUGAAACCAGGGCACAUAAAAGAGG